AUGAACGCAUCUGACAAUGACAACACCCAGCUCCCUGAAUCUGCGUCUAUUUUAGAAGAAAUACCACAGAACAUGUCCAUAGAUAACAGCCUUCGACAAGAUCGUCCACCUUCAUCCUCGUUGCCGGUGCCUUCCCCUUCGUCCUCGUUGCCAGCUAUCACAAGGCAAACACGCAAAAGAAAAGAUAUAAGUCUCGAAGCAUUUCUCGAUAUUGUGAGAGAAAAAAUGAAAAUUCUUCGCGAAGAUCAACCAGAUAAUACUGACGACGACCUUCUUUGGUUCAAAUCAAUAUUACCUUACAUGAAACAGUUGCCAUCACUCAACAAAUUACAUUUUAGAACGCAGAUGCAGGAGCUUCUUCUAAUGGAACUGUCAAAGUUAAACCCACCACAAUCCAAUGCUCAACAACAUGACUAUUACACAUCUUUG